AUGUUAGAAGAUUCAGGUACUUCAUGUAUUAGUGGAAAUUAUCUUGCUAUCAAUAAAGUAUGUCCUAAAUGUAGAACACGAAAUUGUAGAAAUUAUUAAAUAUCAUCUGGAGAAUGUUUAGCUUGUGAUUAUGGAUACAUUUUAACAUACCUGAAAUGUGUACACUAUGCACAACAUGUACUUGCUCAAACCAUUAAUAUUAUGAUUUGGAUGCAAUAACAUCAAAUAAAUGCAAAGAAUGUAAUGUUUCAUGUGUUGCUUGCUAUACAUCACCUAUUAUUUGUACAAGUUGUUUAAGUAAUUAAUAUUUCAAUCCUGUUGAUAAUUGCAAUUCAACAUGUGUAACAGUCCAAAUUCAACAUAAUGUUCACCAUAUCAAACGAUAAAUAAUGUUUAUCAUGUCCCUGUUUAUUAUGUACAAGUGCAACAUAAUGCACAUCUUGUCUUGAUGGAUAUUAUCUUGAUAGUACUAACUGGAUAUAAUGUAAUUCUAAAUAUUUCAUUUAUGAAUCUGCUAGUAAAUGUAUAACAUGCAUUUAAGAUGGAUAUACUAAUUAUAAAAAUGAUUAUAUUUAUAAUUCUUGUGAACCACAUUGUUAAUAAUGUUAUAACGGAGGAUGCUCAAAAUGUGAUUCAAGUUAUUAUUCUUAAAAUUAAAUAUGUACCUGGUAAUUCUAAUUGUACAUCAUGUUUAAAUUCUGUUUGCUUAGAAUGGAAAAAAAGGAUAAGGAACUCUCAAGAUUGAUUAUUAUUUCUCAUUAAACAUUAAACAUUAUCAUAAUCUGA